AUGAAUGGUGGGGUUCGAGUUGUGGACAUUUGUGGUAUGGGUGGGGUUGGGAAGACAACUCUUGCCAAAGUUGUGUAUGAUAGGAUGUCUCCCAAUUUUGAUGCUUCUCAUUUCAUAUUCAAAGGAAAUAAUGAAGGUAAGAGCAAUUGGCUAUUACCUGGCAAGAAUAUUCUCCUAGUUCUUGAUGAUAUUGAUAUUUAUCAUCUAGAUGAAGUAAUGUUGACUAUAGAUGAAAACUUGUUAGGAAAAGGGAGUAGAAUCAUCAUAACGACAAGAGAUGAAGGACUCCUAAAGGGUUUCAAGAUGCAUCAUAUUUAUAGGGUUAAACUAUUGACUAAUAGGGAAGCUGUUCAAUUACUUUGUAGAAAAGUUUUCAGAUGUGAUUUCCCUAUAAGGGGUUAUGAAGAGAAAAUAAAUAGCAUACUUGACUAUGCUAAUGGCCUUCCAUUAGCAAUUGUAGACUUUGGCUCAUUGUUACAUGGUAGAAGAUCAGCUUCAGAAUGGAGCACCAGUGCCUUGGUUGAAUUCAAAAAGAUUGUUAACUUUGUGGUAAUGAAGGUCCUAGAUAAAACUUUUCUCGAAUUGAGCUUUGACUAUCAGGAAAUAUUUUUAGACAUUGCAUGUUUUUUCAUAGGCAAGGAGAUUGAAUAUUUAGAAGGAAUUUUGAGGUGUUAUGCGGUAGAGGAUAUACAACUUUUGAUUGACAAAUCACUCAUGACAAUUAUAGAUAAAAAAAUACAAAUGCAUCGACUAUUGCAAGAAAUGGGAAGAGAAAUUGUUCAACAGCAAUCUCCUUCUAAUCCAGAAAAGCGGAGUAGAUUGUGGAAUUUUGAUGACAUUGAUGUUGUUAUGCAAAAUGACACGGCAACUUUUAAAGUUGAAGCUAUAGUCUUGGAUCUAGAAGAUUCACGAGAGAAGAGGUUAAGGGUUGAAGCUUUAUCACGUAUGAGCAAUCUUAGACUGCUCAUAUUUUGCAAUGUGAAAUUUUCAGGAGUUUUGAAGAACCUUUCAUGGCAACUCCGAUAUAUUUCAUGGCACCAAUACCCUUACACUUCUUUACCAUCAUGUUAUCGCCCAUAUUUUCUUACAGAAUUGAAUUUUCCUGAUAGCUGCAUCACAAGUGUAUGGGAUGAGCAUGAUGGAGAAAAGGUUUUCUGGCACUUGAGAAACAUGAAUCUUCGUGGCUCCAAAGAUUUAACCAAGAUGCCAAAUUUCAAUGGAUUUCGAAUACUUGAAAGGCUAGAUCUUGAAGGAUGCAUUAAAUUAUCACAACUUGAUGGAUCCAUUGCUGAUUGUUCAAAGCUUAAGUUCUUGAAUUUGAGAAAUUGUGCUAAUCUUGUUAGUAUCCCCAAUAAGUUAUUUUCUCUAUCCUCUUUAGAAAUUCUGAAUUUGGCUGGUUGCUUCAAGUUUGCCAAUUGUCUCAACUUUGCUCCUUUUGAAGAGAUUGCUGAAGGAGAAAGUAUUCAGCAAUCAUCUUCUCCAAGAAGACAGAAGCUAUGUAGAAGCAAAUCUAUUGAAUUGCAUUAUAUGACACUAAAAUUGCUCAAAAACUACGUUAUCAGCCUCUUCAACCCUCCACUGACUACUGGAAACGCUAAAAAGACCUUCCCCACCAACAUUAAAAGUGUUCCUGCACUAGCGUUUUGCGGGGGACUUAGGACCGAACAAAUAAUCAUUCCACGUCAAAUGAGAAAUUGA